AAUCGACGAGAAGGAACUGAAGGUGUAUCCAGUUUUAAGCCAAGUUAGUUGAUUUUCUUAUUUUUNAUGACAGGACUUGCCAACGAUCAAUUAAAAUAAAUAGCAUAGAAAAAAAAUUGCGCUCCAUAAGUCUGCAUAGAAAAAACAUUUUUUCCUGGAAUUUUUUUUAAAAGAAAGCUCUUAGUGAGCUCUAUUUAAUCAUCUAAAAAUUGCAAAUUUCGAAAAAGGGUGAUUUUUUACCCUGAAUAAUACCUUAAAGGGUUAAACUGACCCCUACAGGAGACUAUACUAAAACAGACAUCUCAGUAAGAGCUAUGGAUCUAAAUAAAUGCCAAGGAUGUUUUGUUGUUAGGUUUCUGUGAAGUCAGUGUCACGACAGUUUUUUGAUUCGUUCGACGUCUGAAUCGAACUUAUGUCAUUUGGGUAGACCCAAGGAGCUAUGUAGAUAUUACAUGUAUUAGUCGCGUACAUGAAAAGAUCGAUGUUUGAACUGGGCCUAAGAAAAAUAAAAUAAAAUAAAGUUCAUCACAGGGUAUAUUGUCAUAUCUCCCUGUCUCAAUCAAAAGCUUGUGGCUUCUUAUUACUAGUUUCAUUAAUGCUUUCCUAGAAAAAAAAACAAACAAACAAACAAAGUUUUAAGUAGCCCGUGAGGGGCUCUUGGCACUCGUGGUUACUCUGUAAACAUUAUUUCCUUUUAGGUCAGGCCCAGUGAAACAACCAUAAAAAAAACUUGUAACAGUUUUUAUCUCCCAUUAAAUAAUUCCUAUUUUAACCUGCCCGUGAGGAGGGGAGAGAGACUUCAAUUUCUAGGUUGCGUGACAAGUGUUUUUGAUACACCCUGUGAUGCACCGUACACUCACGCUCGUCGCUCCCAUGAUGCCCUCUGCCAGGAUUGUCUGACGUUGCUAAACGUUUUAUGCGCCGAUAAUCGACGAGAAGGAACUGAAGGUGUAUCCAGUUUUAAGCCAAGUUAGUUGAUUUUCUUAUUUUUCAUUUUCUUCAAGAGAACAUAAUAAAAAGCCUUAUGUUCUCUUGGCUGCUUUCAUUUGAUUUUUCUCAAUACGUUAAUGUAUUUGGGUUUAGGCCAAGAGCUAUUAUGGCUCUUGGUUUAGGCCGAUGUCAUGUAAUCACUCUCUCUCUCUCUUCUCCACGGCAAUGUUGAAAAUGAGGUAAAUUCCUCGGUAUUUUCUCUUUCUGUUAGUUACAGUGGAAUUUUUGACAACAAUGGUUUAACACAGUGAGACACUGUGAAAUUCGGUUUGUGCAGAUGUUUGAACCCAGAAGUCAUUUCAUAGGUAGGUGAAGCAUGAUAUCUUUCAUCGUGAUUUUAGUUAGACCUUAAUUCCAUACUCAACUUUGUAUAUGUCGAUCCACAAUAAGUCAGAAAACAAACCACAGGAACAAUCAGAUAUAGUGCAAGUAUUUAUCGUAAAGAAAACAGACAAUUUUAUUGUAUCUAAACGUCUUGCGUGACGGAAAAGUUUGAUGGCAAGUCCUACAAUGUAAUAAAGCUUCAGGAUAAGAGCUAGUUUCUUUUAUAUGGGGAAGAGGGGCAGUUUUAAUAGCAUUAGAUGUUUCGAAAACGUACUUACUGCUUACUUUUAAAGGUAAUGUUUGCUAGGUAAAGCAGUUACUCUUUAUAAUGGAAGCCUGAGGGAGGGUUUCUCGGAAUUUUCCUUGCUUUGCAGGGGUCAAAACAAGCAUAAACAUUUAUUAACACUUCCAGAAAAGCUUUCAUAUCGACUGCGAGAUGUCUCUGCUCCCUUAGAGAUGAUUUUCACACACUAGGCAGAUCUAGCAAAGAAAACGUGAGGACAGUAUGAAACGGUGGCGAAAGCGCGCGCAGAAUUAAAAUCCGGCUUAACCAAUGGAAUCGACGCGCUUUCGUGUUCUCAUUUGACUACGUUAUCCUUUGCUUAAUCUGCCUACCUUUCCAUAGGCAUCAGUUACGCGUCCUCCUAAAACAUGUACUUUUAAAAAUCCCUUCAAACAAAUCAGAACAGAUAUAUACUACACUAUACUACAAUACACUAUAUACUAUACCAUACUAUACUAUAUACUUAAUGUGACUUAUGCAUCUAAUUCAAGAUAGUGUUUUCGCUCUUAAUAUUUGCAACUUCGUGGAGAGAGCCCUGUGAACGAGGUUAUAAUAUAUCUAUGGACGAAAAAGUUCGUUUCACAUCAGAACUCCUUAAGGCUACUGUAUCAUCAGAGAAACGAUAAAAAUGCUGAACGGUGAAAGUAAAACCUCGUUGAAACGACCACUAAUGGGCCACAAAAUCCUGGUUGUAUUUAGGUAAGAAAAUGCCUGAGUUUCAACAGGUUGAUCGAAAGGCGGACCCCACUAUACCGAAUUAUGGAUCUUUCAAAAGGAAACCGCUCCAUCUGUACUCAGUUUCACAUGGUACUGUUUGUUUUUCCGCUCAUUGGAUUUUUUUUGUCGAGUUUUGGCUUUGGCCAACUUCUAGGAUUGAAAAGCGUAAAGAUAAUUGAUUGAUUGACUGUUUUUUUUUUGUUUUUGUUUUUUGUUAGUUUGAAGAAUAAACUACUGUGGUCGAAAUAAAGCCGAGGUGGUCUUAAGGCUGGGCUUCACUUUAUCCGAGUUUAUUACUUUUCUCUGGUUCAUUAACGUUGUGUGCAAUUUAUCUCUUGUAGGAGAUGUCACAAUGAUGGAACUGACUGCCUGGAAUGUAGACAAGAUAUAACGUGAAAAAUAUGUCGAACUUCCUGGAAAACGACUGCCUUGAUAACAGCGAUGGUAUGAACACCCUCUUGGAGUCGUACUUAGAAGAACUCGAUUCUUGGNUUGUGUGCAAUUUAUCUCUUGUAGGAGAUGUCACAAUGAUGGAACUGACUGCCUGGAAUGUAGACAAGAUAUAACGUGAAAAAUAUGUCGAACUUCCUGGAAAACGACUGCCUUGAUAACAGCGAUGGUAUGAACACCCUCUUGGAGUCGUACUUAGAAGAACUCGAUUCUUGGCAGAGAGGAGUACACAAUAUUAGAAUUAUGCAUCAUGAUGUUUGGAAAGGAAGUAGACUAUCCCCUUAUAUAAAGCAACACCGAGCUGGUAGCAGAGUGGAGAGGCAGACAAGAAUCUUACCUACCGGCGGCCAGACGGAUGUUGAUUACAUGUUUGAGGUCGUUGGACAAGAAGUACUUUGUGAUGGGAACCAAGGUUCCAUGUACUUCAAAUCCUGUCCUUGGGAAAACUUUGUCAGAGAUGCAAACUAUGAUAUGACGAACACACACGGGAAGAUUUACUUAAGUAGUGCUUACAAAUCCCGUUUGGAAUGUCAUGAAGUGUAUGACAAGAUAUUUGCAGACGCCCUGAGUUUUGACGAAAUGGAAAAAGCGUUCUUACUCAUUCCUGGAAAGUUUAAAGAGAAUGUCGUACGAAAUUGUGGAUUGGAUUACACACGAAACGAAGCUCUUCCUUCCACCGUGAGUCCAUCAAUAUCUGGGCAAGGUGCAUUAAAAGAAUACGAUGGGGUUCCUUGUCUCAGACUUGCCGACUGGCCACACGUAACGUUAAAUUGGGUCAAGCGGCAAGGGAGAAAUGACGUCACUUUUCAAAGAGAGUGGAAAUCGGAAGUUGUUCAAAAUGUCCCGCUUUUCCUUGUACCAACCGGAAAUCCUAUGGCAGAGGAACAGGACUUGCAAUUCCGGUUAUCAUUCUCUAUGGUGGAGAUAGCUUGUUUCCAACAAAUGAGUUCGACAAUGAGGAAAAUGUACGGCAUCGUCAAAUACAUUUUCAAGGAUUUGUUCCAUGUGAGCGGUCUGUUAAGCUCGUACCAUGUCAAAACUCUGAUGCUGUGGAAAAUAGAGCAAACACCGAUUGAUGAAUGGAGGUCCAAGAACGCGACUGAAUUUAUCAAGGAAAUGAUGGACGAAAUUUAUCAAUCUUUGAACACUAGAAACAUCCCACACUUCUUUGUUGAGAAUUGCAACAUUUUUCCAGCUCAUAAAGUCACUGAUGAAAAUAUUCUCGAAUACUCUACCGUUUUCAAGAACAUGCCAAAACUUUUAGGAGAGACUAUUGAAAAUUUAUUACGUCAAGAUUUGGGAAUUCCAUCCGGUGAAAUCACUCUUAAUUUGGCGAUGGUCAAGUUAGAAAGAAUUCACCACACAGGGUUAGAAGCGUACAUUGCUGGCUACUUGACUAGGCUGCUUAGCGUUAUCACAUUUUCCUUGACAGAGAACUAUGAAGAAAGUCGUGAGCUUGGGAAGGCGUCUUGGGAAGAGAUGAAAAGAAUAUUUGCCAAGUACGAUCACGACCAGCAUGUUAGCAGAAUCAUUCACAUGGUUAAUUCCUGUAUCAGUCGUCUCGACCCCAAGUCUAGAGUCAUUUGUUCAAGGACUGGUCCUGAAGACUGUUCUAUUAAACGUGAUAAUAUGAGUCGCUUAGUGCAUGAGGCGUUUGAAGCGUACACGAAAGGAGACUUAACAGGGGCGAUGGAAUACAUCAGAAGAGUAGAUUCUCAUCCGCAAUCCGAUAAUUUUACACCAGAAGGGAUUGGAAUAUCGAUUACCAAAUUUCAUAAAUGUUUGUACAACGACAAACCAGUACUCAAUGUAAUCCAGUUGCUUGAAAAAGAACACAACGGGCGUUGCCCAAGGUUCUAUUUGGCUCCCUGUCUACUUCUACAACACUUGAAGAUUCAACUGCGAAUGAGCUUUUCUCCUCCCAGUACAGCGGCUCUUCAGGAGGAGAUAGAGGAACUCCAAAGUAUAGUCCAAAAUUUGUCAUUCAAAGAGCCAUAUCUCGGGAGACUGUCUUAUAGAUUUGCGGGCGUUUACCUGUUACAAGGAUACAAGCAAUUCGUAGGUGAUCAGCAGCUCCAUGUGUCAGUUUCUGUUCCAUCUGAAGAAUUCAAUCAGAGACGUUUUGCAACAAAUUUCAAUUUAAGAUGA